AUGGCACCUCCCUCGGACAUGUCCCAGUUUGUGGUUUCGGACACUCCUGUACCGCAUGAGGAGAUGGGACAAUUCAGUUUGGGUAGCAAGGAGAAGGGUAGGAAGAAGGUGACCACCUCCAAGAAGAAGAAGAAGAAGAAGGCGGAGCCGAAGACAGGCCGAACAAAGUGGACAGACGAGGAGGAUGAGCUGCUCGUGUCGGCAUGGUUAAACGUGAACCAGGAUCCUAUGGUUGGAACAGAUCAAUCGAAGGAUACGUAUAGGGGUAGGAUCGCCAAGUACUUCAACACUUAUAUGAAGCCAACCAUGAUGACUAGGUCAGAUAAGGCUUUGAUCAACCACAUGAAGCUCAUCACGGAUGCAGUUAGCAAGUUUGCGGUGCAUGUAAGGAAGGUGGAACAACUCAAUCCUAGCGGGACCAACGAGCGUGACAAGAUGGCUCGAGCUUGCACGGUGUAUAAGGGGAUUGAGGGGAAGCCGUUUGCAUACACGCACUACUGGGUCAUGCUUGCCGACCACCCCAAUUGGCACGCGCACGAGUCCAUAAAGGGGCAAAAGAUGCAAGAUGGAGUCAAUGCACAGUCCAGCCAAGCUGCGUGCAAUAAAGUGGCGAACGACGCAGCAUCGAACGCAUCGACUGACCUUCCUAGGCCUAUUGGAAGGGAGGCAGCUGAAGUGGCCCGUGCUCGAAAAUCACCUUCCACUACAUCUUUGGCUACCGUGUCGGGUGGGAUGUACGAAAGACACUUUGCUGAUCUUAGUGAAACAAAGAAGGUUAUGGUGGAGUUGAAGAAGGAGAAGAUUUCGGUCAUGCAUCUGCAGGUAUCUGUCCAAGUAAAUGAUCAGAAUAAGCAUAUCAUAAAGGUCGACUUGGACAGUGUUAGUGGUCCCCUUAGAGAGUACUACAGGAAGAGGCAGGAAGAUAUCCUGGCACGAUGGAAGCUCAUAGAGCAGAACUCGUAG